CUCCGUUCAACAAAGCCUCUGGCAAUAGCAAGCAUUACCCAACCUCGUUGGGUUCCCGGCUCCUCCACAAAUGAGACCAUGUAUAUAGCGCCUUGAAAAUGAUGACAAUUCCCUCUGCGCCACGCAUCGUACUCCUCGCUACGUACUUGGCUGCCAAGUCCGACAUCGAAAGCUUGACUGUGCUUGCCGCUCAGCAUAGCAAGGUCCUACGAGAGGACUUAUUACUCCGAAUACUAUUAACAUGUUUACCCGAGACCUUGCCGCCUAGCGAAUAUGUCACCCUCGUGCAGCACCUCGAGUCGGGAAGCUUGGAAACGGAUAUCGAACCGCGGGAAAUAGAUUGGUCUUCGGUGGAGGACUUGACAGACGACGAGGCCGCGAAGAAGGUCCGCAAGCUACGAUUACUUCCCCUCGCAUGGGACGGCGCGCCUAAAGAUGAAUCUCAAGAUUUCAUAUCUCUCUUUUUGAUCCAUCGUGCGCGUCGGGUCGACGAAGAGGCCGGUCUACUUGCCCAGUUGCCCGAUUUAAUAGUACCAUUCCUCGACCAUGCGCCCGCUAUUCGGACAUGGAUGGUUUCGGUCUUACUUCCCCUUCUGCGACGGAAUCACGAAUAUUACCCACACCAUCCAGCUGUUCAGACUUUGUCCGCCUUCGAGCGCAUGAACGAUCAAGCCGCAGUUGAUUUGCUACUGUCGCAAACCGGCGCAAACCAAGAAGAUCUUCCCUACGUUGGGAGGGACCUUCGUGGCUUAAUAGGUCCGUGGCUAUAUAAUGACGCGAGGUGGGCACGCGGUGAUGAGAAUGAGCGCUCUUCGGAACAAGGUCAGCUCGCGUCCUAUACCCUCUGUCCAGGAUGGGAACAUGUCCUUGAGUGGAUCGCAGCGCAAGCUUCCAAGUCGUGGAGAGUUGCAGUGAGAGCUAUAGAUCAAUGGGAUGGCCCAGGUGAUGUUGACCUGGGUGGCUAUGCUUCUAUGUGGCUAGAAGACGGUGAGCAGGGGCAUCUAGAGCAGAGAUACGCUCGUGCUGCGCUAGCUUCAGCAUAUUUGAUACCAGAAGCUUCAGUUGAAGCAUUGACCGGUGUCAACAGUAUUGUCACAAAAAUUAUGGCCUUACUAGAUCAAGACCCCUGCCCUACUUUACAAGUUGCAUCGUCUUUGCUCCCGCCUUAUACUGAUCCUAAUGGAGAACGACUUCUCUUGGCUAAGAACGCUACUUAUAUGCGCAAUGAUUUACUGGCCGAUUCAAACCCGCUUACAACACCAAAUGAGACAUCUGCACAACUCUUACAUAUCUUAACCCUCAGUGCUUUCAUCUUAACCAAAGCCGAUGCUUCUUGCACCGUCCGAAAAGCAGGAGAACUGGCUUUUCUGCAGGAUGAACAAGAACAGAAGGCAAUGGCUACGAGAUAUAUCAGUAACUUAAGUGGAAACGGUCCCAAAAGCGAUGACAAGUAUUGGAUCAGGGCGAGAAAUGAACUUUUAUGGCUUCGAGAUUGGGGUGCAGAAGAAGCUCAAGGCUCCCCCAAUACUCGGGUCCAAGGUGUCUUUAGUCAGCUAAAGAAGGAGUUUCUUGAGGUUGAAUGUCUCAAAGCCUUUUUAAACAACACUCGCUACUCCCUAGCGAGGUCUAUAUACGAAGAUGCGCCUGAGAAGCCCCUCGACAGCGACGUAUUACGAGAUAAUAUCGUUGCUUGCGCAAUGAAGGCCUAUGAUAGCGCAUCGAAUCCCCACCGCGGUCGUGGUGGUCUCUUGAAAUGCGACGACAUAAUACACGCAUUUCCCCAGACCCUACCAGAGACGCAUCCCGAGUCUAGAAGAAUUGAGGCUCUCUUAAGGACCACUCAUGCACUCAGCGAAUACCGCUUGACUUUGAAAAAAGGAGAGCCGUUCAUACCAAUUAUGCUUCGGGUCCAUCCAGAUCCCAUCUCCAUAAUUGGGAAGGUAUUAGAACAGAAUCCUAAGAGCUACACUCGGGUCCAGGACUUCCUUGAAAUCGGGUCCAAUAUGGUUGAUGCUGGUCUAUUAGCCCAUACUAAGCCUGGACAAUCGCACUCAAUAGCAGAACAAGCAUGGCAACGGCCAAUCAUUGAAAAUCGUAUCAUAGCUAUGUGCGUAGAUGCCGCACUUACAGAAGAUGACUUCGAGACAGCAUAUUCAUACGUAGUCAACCGCCUAGCCGCGAACAAUAACGGUCCCUCCGCAAAGUCCGGGGUUGCCUCGAAAUCUGGCCCGGCGCCAAUAACAGAUGACUAUUCAUGGAAAGCCGCGUUGCAGGCGGGUAAGUACCGCCGGACAGCACGUACCAUCAAGCCCACGCACAUCGGGACAGCCAACGGGAACCUCGAUAUCCGACACCUGGAACAGAGAAUAGAGUGUCUCGCAACUGCGCUCCGCAUCGCACCGCCCGCAACUCUACAGGAGAUCCUGAAUGUAUUCCGCAAGUGCGAGGAGGAGCUCAACGCAGCGGCUAAAGCAGAAGAAGAGCAGGAAUCGGCGUGGGACGACAAAGGCGACAUAGAGGUUAUGCCUGGCGCUUUUAGCGGUACCGUACCGGCGGGCGUGGUGAGAAACGCUGCUAAGGCGUCGUCUUCGCGUCAUGUUGAGGAGGCUCCUAUGUCACUGUUCGAUCUGUCGCGCGCCAGCAUGGCCAGGGCACAGCGCAACUUAACAGCCCUGUCCAGCUUACAGCGCAGUGAGAACGCUAGAUCAGACGAGACCCGCGAAGACACGGGAGAGCCGCGGGCUAGGAAGAGAGACCAGUUGAGGGAUGUAGCGGUCGGGACGUUGGCGUCCGGUGUAGGAUGGCUAAUUGGGGCGCAGCCUGUCGAUAGGGCUGGCGAGAAGAGUUAAAUGGGACGAUGAAGUAAUGAAGCUUAGGUAGGUAUUUUAGGUGAUUCUGCUGUUGUAGCAUGGGGACAAUGAUAUCCAGUUCAAAAAGGGGUUCAUCGAUGCGAAUCCAAGAGUCUUAGUUUUAGGCAUUGUCUAACUACAGGCGAUACGUAUCAUCGUGAUAUAAUAUGUUGCUUCCCGUUUCCGGUGAUAAAUAGGGGGUGGACAUAAUUUACGAAGAGCGAAAGGAAAGACGAUUCUGAACAUGACAUGAGAUUAAGUGUGUUUAUUCCAUAUAUUCGAUACAUGUAGACGUUGCCAAU